CAUACAGUAAACCUCAUUUGAUACCCCAUCAGUUCUUUGAACCUGAAAGAGUCAAAGACUUGAGCAGAUCCUCUCCUCUCCUGUUGUCUGAGACUGAAUCAGACACGGCCUCAGAAAUCAGCUUCCAGUUUAACAAGCACAAAAAGACGCCUAGCAUUGGCAGCCACUCAUCUGACAUGGCAUCUGUCUCCUCGGUGAGUGGCAGUGUGCUCAGUGUCUACAGUGGCGAUUUUGGGAGUGUGGAUGCCCAAGGUACAGUGGAGUUUGCUCUCGACUAUGAUGAGAAGAACCGGGAGUUCCAGGUUCAUGUGUCCCAGUGCAAGGACUUGGCAGUUGUGGAUGAGAAGAAAGGCAGAUCUGACCCGUAUGUUAAAACUUACUUGCUCCCAGACAAAGCUAAAAUGGGUAAGAGAAAAACUUCAGUGAAGAAGAGGACAGUGAAUCCCGUUUACAAUGAAGUGUUACGGUAUAAAAUAGAGAAAAUGGUGUUGCUGAUCCAAAAAUUAAAUCUCUCUGUUUGGCACAAUGAUCCACUGGGACGUAACAGUUUUUUGGGAGAGAUCGAAGUAGACUUGGCCAGCUGGGACUGGAGCAACAGAAAACCCAACUGGUACCCACUGAAGCCCCGAAGUCUCUCUGCUGUUAAUGGUGCAGAUCAUCGAGGAGUGAUGAAUUUGUCUAUUAAGUAUGUCCCUCCAGGAAGCCUAGGUCUCCAGAAUCCUCCCUCCGGUGAAGUUCACAUUUGGGUCAAAGAUGUCAGGGACCUGCUGCAGUUGCGUCCUUCUGGAGUUGACUCCUUUGUGAAAUGCUAUGUGCUUCCAGACACCAGUAAGAAGAGUUACCAAAAGACUCGAAUCAUAAAAAGAGAUACAAACCCUGUUUUCAAUCACACUAUUGUAUAUGAUGGCUUUCAUACGGAAGACCUAAAGGACGCUUGUGUUGAACUGACUGUGUGGGAUCACGAAAAACUUACCAACCAUUUCCUUGGAGGAAUCAGGCUGGGCCUUGGGACAGGUUUGAGCUAUGGCAUCUCUGUGGACUGGAUGGACUCCACGCAAGAGGAGGUGGCCUUUUGGCAGGAGAUGAUGUUGGCUGCCAAUGAAUGGAUUGAGGGAUUGCUGCCACUGCGCUCACUGGCAGGGAGGAAAAAACUGAAAUAA